AUGGCCACCCUCCCCUUCUCCACAGGGUUUUUUCAUAUGGUGCCCUUCCCCUGCCUGCACUUCUUUAUGCCCGGCUUUGCCCCACUGACUAGCUGUAGCAGCCAGCAGUACCAUGCCCUGAUGGUGCCCGAGAUCACCCAACAGAUUUUAGACGCUAAGAACAUGAUGGCCACCUGUGACCCCCGCCAUGGCCGCUACCUGACAGUGGUUGCAGUAUUCCGGGGCCGGAUGUCCAUGAAGGAGGUAGACGAGCAGAUGCUCAACAUACAGAACAAGAACAGCAGCUAUUUCGUGGAAUGGAUGCCCAACAACGUGAAAACGGCUGAUUGUGACAUCCCACCCCGAGGCCUGAAGAUGUCAGCCACCUUUAUUGGUAACAACAUUCCUUUGAUUUCUUUCUCUUGUUUCAAAUUAGGUUUAUAUCAUGAAUUCAAGAUGAAAGUUAUCCUCAUGCAUUUUUCCUCUAUGCUUAUCUGUAUCAAUACAUAUAUGAAGAAUGCAGAUUUUUAA